AAACAAUGUGAUAUGUGGACGAAAGAAUGUGAAGUUGAAACGUUGGUAUCAGGACGCAUGGCUGGCAUUAUUAAGGCACGAGGUGAUGACGAGUCUCCCAAAGCCAUUGUUGAGGAAACUGGUACCGUAUUUGGGCGAUACGGUACUGUCGGUACUACGAAACCCAUCGCUGACAGGCGACUUUUUAUUCCGAGUUUUUAA